AAACAAGAGGGGGGAUUGGUGCAUACAAAAAGGGUAGACAUGAGCCCUGUUGAAGUGGGCUAGAUGCUGCUAGGAACCUGGUCCUCUUGGGAUAAUUAUGCAGAAAAUGAAGAACUUGGGAAGCAUGGGCAGCAGUGGGAGGUCGUCAAUGGAAGAAAAUAUUGAGGAUGAGGAGAUUUCUAGAUUGGCAAUCUCCACAUUUCAAGCUAAGGAAGAAGAGAUUGAAAGGAAAAAGAUGGAAGUGAAAGAGAAAGUUGAGAUGCAGCUGGGUCGUGCUGAGGAGGAAACAAGGCGCUUGUCAAUGAUUUGGGAAGAACUUGAAGUGCUGUCUGAUCCUCUAAGGAAAGAAGUUGCCAUGGUACGAAAGAAGAUUGACAUGACUAACAGGGAGCUAAAGCCUCUUGGACAGAGCUGCCAGAAGAAGGAGAAAGAAUAUAAAGAAGCCCUGGAAGCUUUCAACGAAAAGAACAAAGAAAAGGCACAGCUGGUUACCACUUUAACGGAGAUGCUGACUGAAAGCGAGAGGCUGAGAAUGAAGAAGCUGGAGGAGCUCAGUAAGAACAUUGAAUCAAUACCGUAGAUCCAUGUCCUUACCCAGAGCAUAUAUUAUUGUAUUUUAGACAUUUAUUUUCAUGGAUUUUUAAGUUAGUUUA